CUGCUCCGCUUCAAACCUCAGUCUGUUUGGGAUGAAACCAGCUAACAUGCUAACUGACCGAUUAACGGAUUAAAGACGGGAAUUUCGCCCACUAAAAGUUUUGACAACUCGAUGAUUUUUUGAAAUAAUCUGCGCUGAAAUGAAGGGCAAGGUGGAGAAAGGUUGGGAUGAAGGCAGAGUUCCAGGGAUCGUCCUGUAGAGCCGGUCAUUAGCAUGAGAGAGAGACGUUUUCAUCAUCUCAGGGUCAAGUGGUGAGAUUUCGGUGGCCGUCGGGCGUCGCGUCCAGACAGAGGAAGGUCAAAUGUCACGCGUCCUUACUCCUCCUCCUCCCCCUCCCCCUCCUCCCCCUCCUCCUCAGGGAGAGAUGAGCAGCGGCCCUGUGGCUGAGAGCUGGUGCUACACACAGGUAAAAGUCGUGAAAUUUUCCUACAUGUGGACCAUUAAUAACUUCAGCUUCUGUCGAGAGGAGAUGGGUGAAGUACUGAAAAGCUCCACCUUCUCUUCAGGUCCCAGUGACAAGAUGAAAUGGUGCCUCAGAGUAAACCCAAAAGGACUGGAUGAUGAAAGUAAAGACUACCUGUCACUCUAUCUUCUCCUGGUUAGCUGUCCAAAAAGUGAAGUGCGUGCAAAGUUUAAGUUUUCUUUACUCAACGCUAAGCGUGAGGAGACUAAAGCUAUGGAAAGCCAAAGAGCCUAUCGAUUUGUUCAAGGCAAAGACUGGGGCUUCAAAAAGUUUAUAAGAAGAGAUUUUCUCCUCGAUGAAGCUAAUGGCCUUCUUCCAGACGACAAGCUCACUCUGUUCUGUGAGGUGAGCGUAGUGCAGGACUCUGUAAAUAUCUCAGGUCAAUCUAACACAAAUGUGCUGAAAGUUCCUGAGUGCCAACUCUCAGAUGAUCUGGGAAAUCUGUGGGAGUGUUCACGCUUCACUGACUGCACACUGUGUGUGGGGGGGCAGGAGUUUAAGGCCCACAAAUCCAUACUGGCAGCGAGGUCGCCAGUGUUUAAUGCCAUGUUUGAGCAUGAGAUGGAGGAGAGCAAGAAGAACCGGGUGGACAUCAGCGACGUCGAGCCAGAUGUCUUCAAAGAAAUGAUGGGGUUUAUAUACACGGGGAAAGCGCCAAAUCUAGAGAAAAUGGCCGACAGUUUGUUGGCAGCAGCUGAUAAAUACGCUCUGGAGCGUUUAAAGGUGAUGUGUGAGGAGUCUCUGUGCAGCAGCCUGUGCGUGGAGAACGUAGCCGACACGCUCAUCCUCGCCGACCUGCACAGCGCAGAGCAGCUCAAAGCUCAAGCCAUCGAUUUUAUCAACAGGUGCAGCGUUCUCCGACAGCUGGGGUGCAAGGAUGGAAAAUACUGGAAUAGCAACCACGCCGCAGAUAUAAUGGAGACUCCGGGCUGGAAGGCAAUGAUCCAGUCUCAUCCUCACUUAGUGGCCGAAGCUUUCCGCGCUCUGGCCUCGGCUCAGUGCCCUCCGUUCGGCCUGCCCAGGAAGAGGCUCAAGCAGUUCUGAUCUCUCUCUCUGUCUCUCUCCAUCUCUCUCUCUCUCUCUCUCUCCAACUCUCUCUUUCUCUCUCUCUCUCUCUCUCUCUCUCUUUUAGCUUGGGGAAGGAAUUGACAGCAUGAACUCGUACUGCUCUCACUGAUACACCGCUUACAGCUUCACUCUCACUCUUGAUUCUUUUCUUUUUUUUCUUUCUUUCUGUCUCUCUCAUCCUCUCAUUAAUUUGCAUUCAAACGUUUGUGCUUUCCUCUGUCUAUCUCUCUGAUUCUCUUUUUUUCAUCACUGUAUCAUUUUCUUAUCCUUUUCUCUCUCUCCAUCAUUCAUUAGCAUUCCUUGUCCUCCGUUUUCCUCCGUUUGUCUGUCUUUCUCUCUUUGGCUCAAUUUAUAUUUGUCCAUUUAUCACUCACUCUCUCUUUUUUUUUUUCGUUUUCCAUCUUAUCAGUCUGUUUUGCUUGUUUCAUUUUCUUCCUGUCAUUCUCUCUCUCUCUCUCUCUCUCUCUCUCUCUCUCUCUCUCUCUUUUCUUCUUUCAUUUCCUUUCCUCAGACUUUCCUUGAAAUCACUCUCUCUCUCUUAUUUUCUUAGUUUUCUCUUUCAGCCUUUCACUACUCUUCAUCUUAACCAUCUUCCCUAUUCUUUCUUCCUCUUCUCUCUCUCUCUCUCUCUCUCUCUCUCUCUCACACACACACACACAGUGUCUCUUUUUGGCACUUGGUCUAAAUCCAGAGACAGUAACGAGUGUGUGAGAGUAAAAGCUAUAACAAUUGUUAUAAUCGUUCUCGCACAAUAUGUUCAGUCUCUCUCUCUCUCUCUCUCUCUCUCUCUCUCUCUCUCUCUCUCUCUCUCUCUCUCUCUC